AGGCUCUACAAGACCCCCAAUAGAGAUCAGCCGCUGGUAUAGUUAGAAAGGCUGAAGGAACCUUCUGACUGGGCCAAGACAAUGGAGCCUAAUGCUAAUAUGGACUCACAUGGGUUAGAUAAUAGCACAAAUACAAUACAUCAAUUAAUACCAGAAAACCCAAAUACGCUGAGAGCUAGCGGUGAUCACGUGACGCUGGAUUUGUCCCAGCAGACAAUUCAAGAUAAUAAUCAACUGAUGGAAAUUGGGCAACGCACAAACUCCUCAGCGAACAAAGACUUGAAACAUGAAGAAAUAGAUCACCUUUUGCACCAAACAAUUCCCAAAGAGGAGAAACCUUCCGAAUUUACUGAGAGUUCAAAAAGUUUUAUAAAAAAGGAAACUUCUAAAUCAGAGCAGUUGACUGAAGCACAGGAAAAGCCUUUUAAAUGCACCGCAUGUGACAAAACGUUUGCACGUAAGUUUUGUCUCCAACAACACCAAAAGCUUCAUACAGGGGAGAAUCUUUAUAUCUGCAAAGAGUGCGGAAAAGUUUUUGUACAAAAAUCUAAACUGAUAUGUCAUGAAAGGAUCCACACAGGGGAGAGACCGUACAAAUGCAAACAGUGCGGGAAAGGUUUUCCUGAAAAACGUACUCUUGUGAUUCAUGGAAGAACCCACACAGGUGAGAAACCGUACGCAUGCUCAGUGUGUGGCAAACGGUUUAAGCAGAAGCCAGCCCUUGUAAGCCACCAACGAGUUCACGGUGAAGAGACGCCUUUCAUGUGUACGGAGUGUGGGGAAGGUUUUCCAGUAAAGAGUCUUCUGAAAUCUCAUUUACGGACUCACAGAGUGGAACGACCAUUUACUUGUACAGAGUGUGGGAAAUGUUUUCAACAAAAGUGUCAUCUCAAUUAUCACAUGCGGAUUCACACAGGAGAAAAUUUAUCCACUUGUAGAGAAUGUGGGAAAAGUUUUAUACAACGAAUUAGUCUCAUUAUUCAUGAGAGGACUCACACGGGAGAAAGACCUUUUACAUGUACCGAGUGUGGGAAAAGUUAUACACGGAAGUGUAAUCUUGAAACUCACAAGUGUAUUCGCCCAGGGGAGAAACUAUAUGUUUGUAUAGAAUGUGGGAAAAGCUUUACACAAAAGAGUAAUUUCAUUUAUCAUCAAAAGUCUCAUAGAAGGGAGAAAACUUCCUCAUGUACAGAGUAAAGAAUCUUCUCAAUUUGUAUUUGUGUUUAAUGAUGGAGAGAAACCGUACAGAAGAGUAAAGCGUAAGAUUAGUUUAAAGCAUUAUAGGGGUCUCCUAACCCUGCAAAUGAUUCCUACUGAGCCUAUUUAAGUCAUUGACUGGGCAUAAUGUGGAAAAUAUUUAAAUAAAAUAUCCAUCUGCUAAACCACCAUUAGAUCUACAGGGAGAGUAAUUUUAUAUUCACAGAGUAUGGUAAAAGCUAUAGACAAGAGUCAGAUCUUUACAUUAUUGUAAUAUCCCACUUGUGAAUGUUUUCUGCUCUUCAUGUCCUAGUUACUCACAAACCUGGCACUGCCCAAAUGCUGAACCCUCUUGUCACACCAUCUAGAUGACUUACCUGCUAAUCAUUAUUGCUAAGACUCCACCCCUGAAUGAUGCGCCUCUAUCUGAACCACUAGUCUCCGCCCCCAAUACGCCUGGUCAUACCUGUUACACACUGUCAUGAGUUAUAAUAGGUCGUGCUUUACGGUGUGCAUUAUUUAAACAUUUAGAUGUAUAGGGAACUAGUUUUACAUAUCACUGAUAUAUUCAUACUGGAGAAUCAUGGGAGAUGUUUUACAGAUAAAAACUCUGGUCUAGAGUGACUGACACACAAGAAGUCUGUUGUGUGCGCAGCAUUUGCCUAAUGCUUUUCCCAUAACAGAACAUUUAUCAAGUGUUAGUUACAUAGAAUCACCUAGGUUGAGAUGUGAUGGUUUAGUACAUGACGCAAUAGCAAAUCGUACACAGACACGGUAGUAAUCUGGUCUAACUUAGUUUAUUUUAUGCAAAAGAUGAAACAUAUAGUGGGCGAAUUCAACGAAAUGAAAGUUUCACUAAUUAAACUUGCUGAGAAAAAACAUCUGAUUUGCAUCUUGAAUUGAUAUUUACAUUAGUAAUGAGAAUGUGAAGAUCUAUAAUUAAAUUGAAGGGACAGUC